CACAGGCAGCUAGACGCGUGCAGACACACAGUGAGCAGCAGCAGCAGCAGCAGCAGCAGCGGGCUGAGGCCGGGCUGUGUUCAUGAACACUCGGAGACAUUUUUCUAAGUUUACAGCAGAAAAGCAGCCAACAUGGAGAGGAAACUAUGGAUUUAAAGCGCGCACGAGCUGAAAUGGGCGCAGUGCUGCUUAUAUGGAGCUGCCUUCUGUCCGCGGCGCACGGCUCUCCUCUCCUCCUCUUUGCAAACCGGCGUGAUGUGCGACUCGUUGAUGCUGAAGGUGUGCGGGGCGAGUCGGCCAUUGUUGUCAGUGACCUGGAGGAUGCAGCAGCGGUGGACUUCCUGUACUCUGAGGGUCUGAUAUUCUGGACGGACGUCAGCGAGGAAGCCAUCAAACAGACGUACUGGAACCAGUCGUCUAACUCUCUGAAGGAGGCUCUGGGGACGGGUCAGAGUGUGGUGGUUGCAGGUCUGGACAGUCCUGAUGGGCUGGCCUGUGAUUGGUUGGGUAGGAAGCUUUACUGGACAGACUCUGAGACAAACCGGAUUGAAGUGGCCAACUUGGACGGCUCCAGCAGGAAGGUUUUGUUCUGGAUGGACCUGGACCAGCCGAGGGCGAUCGCUCUCCACCCUGCCCAACGGUAUAUGUACUGGACAGACUGGGGGGAAGAGCCCAGGAUAGAGCGUGCUGGGAUGGAUGGCAGCAACAGGAAAGUGAUCGUGGAUCGUGACAUUUUCUGGCCCAACGGUCUGACCAUCGACCUGCUGGAACAGAAGCUGUACUGGGCCGAUGCCAAACUCAGCUUCAUCCACAGAGCCAACCUGGAUGGAUCAGCACGGGAGACUGUGGUGGAGGGGACCCUGACACACCCCUUCGCCCUGACGCUGUCUGAGGAGACCCUGUACUGGACUGACUGGCAGACCCGCUCCAUCCACGCCUGCAACAAACACAGUGGAGACAAAACCAGAGAGAUCCUGAGCGGGAUCUACUCCCCGAUGGACAUCCAGGUCCUGGAGUCCCACAGACAGCCGAACAUCCUGACUCCCUGCAGUGAUAAUAACGCAGGCUGCAGUCACCUCUGCCUCCUCUCUCCGGUCGAGCCUUUCUACAGCUGUGCCUGCCCCACCGGAGUCCAGCUCAAACCUGACAGCAAGACCUGCAAACCAGGAGCGGAGCAGGUUUUGCUGCUGGCUCGACGGACUGAUCUGAGAAGAAUCUCCCUGGACCUGCCAGACUUCACUGACAUAGUCCUACAGGUUGACGACAUUCGCCACGCCAUAGCCAUAGACUACGACCCUGUGGAGGGUUACGUCUACUGGACCGACGAUGAGGUUCGAGCCAUCCGGCGGUCUCACAUUGAUGGCAGCAAUGCUAUGGUGCUGAUUACAACGGAGGUCAACCACCCAGAUGGUAUUGCUGUGGACUGGGUGGCCAGAAACCUGUACUGGACCGACACUGGAACUGACCGCAUAGAGGUUACCAGGCUGAAUGGAACCUCCCGGAAAAUUCUUAUUUCAGAGAACCUGGAGGAACCCAGAGCCAUCGUCCUGGACCCUGUUAACGGCUUCAUGUACUGGACCGACUGGGGCGAGAAUCCAAAGAUUGAGCGGGCCAACCUGGACGGGACAGACCGGCUGGUUCUGCUCAACAGCUCUCUGGGCUGGCCUAACGGACUGGCUAUAGAUCACAGCGCAGGGAAACUGUACUGGGGAGACGCUAAGACGGACAAGAUAGAGGUGAUAAACGUGGACGGCAGUAACAGACAGACUCUGCUGCAGGACAAACUGCCUCACAUCUUCGGUUUCACUCUGCUUGGCGAUUUCAUCUACUGGACCGACUGGCAGCGCCGCAGCAUCGAGAGGGUCCACAAAGCCACAGCAGUACGAGAGAUCAUCAUAGAUCAGCUGCCGGAUCUGAUGGGACUGAAAGCAACUAAAGUGACGGAGACUCACGGUACAAACGGCUGUGCGGUGGAGAACGGCGGGUGCAGCCAUCUUUGUUUCUGGUGUAAGCAGACGGUCAGGUGUGCGUGUCCCAUGGGGAUGGAGCUGCUCUCAGACCUGCAGACCUGUGUGGUGCCUGAGGCUUUUCUGCUCUUUACUAACAGGGACAACAUCCGGAGCAUCUCUCUGGGUACGAACAGUAACGACGUGGCCAUCCCGCUGACCGGAGUGAAAGAGGCGUCCGCUCUCGACUUCGACGUGUCUGAAAGAAGAAUUUACUGGACAGACAUACAGGCCAAGACCAUCAGCAGAGCGUACAUGAAUGGCAGCUCUGUGGAGCACGUCAUAGAGUUUGGACUUGACUACCCAGAAGGCAUGGCGGUGGAUUGGAUGGGAAGAAACAUUUACUGGGCCGACACGGGUACGAACCGCAUUGAGGUGGCCCGGCUGGACGGUCAGCACCGGCAGGUUCUGGUCUGUAAGGACCUGGAUAAUCCGAGAUCGCUGGACAACCCUCGGUCCCUUGCUCUGGACCCCUCCAACGGCUUCAUGUACUGGACAGAGUGGGGGGGUCGGCCACGUAUUGCCCGGGCCUACAUGGACGGCAGCACCACCAACACUCUGGUGGACAAAGUGGGCCGGGCCAACGGGCUCACCAUCGACUACGUGGACCACAGACUGUACUGGACCGACCUGGACACAUGCAUGAUCGAGAGCACCAACAUGCAAGGCCUGCAGAGGGAGAUCAUUGUGGAUGACCUGCCUCACCCGUUCGGUCUGACUCAGUACCGGGACUUCAUCUACUGGACCGACUUUAACCUGCGCAGCAUCGAACGAGCGGACAAACGCAGCGGACUAAACCGCACCGUGGUGCUGAAGGGCCAGCUGGAGCUGAUGCUGGACAUCCUCGUCUUCCACUCGUCACGUCAGGAAGGAACCAAUGAAUGUUCCCAUAACAACGGAAACUGUGCUCACCUGUGCCUGGCCACGCCCGCUGGUGCUCAGUGCCGCUGCGCCUCCCACUACACCCUGAACCCUGAUGGCCGAAACUGCAGCUCUCCCUCCAGUUUCCUGCUCUUCAGUCAGAAGGCGAGUAUCAGCCGGAUGGUUCUUGGGGAGCAGAGUCCCGACAUCAUCCUGCCAAUCCACGUGCUGAGGAACGUCCGCGCCGUCAGCUACGACCCCCUGGACCGGCUGGUGUACUGGCUGGACGGAAGGCAGAACAUCCGCAGGGCGAGAGACGACGGAGCCAUGUCAUCCAUGAUGAGCGGCAGCGCUCAGGACAACCAACUGCACGACCUGAGCCUGGACCCCUACAGCCGCCAUCUUUACUGGACCUGUGAAACCACCAACACCAUCAACGUGCAGCGGAUGGACGGGCACACGGUGGGCGUGGUCCUGAAGGACGACACAGACAAACCGCGCGCCAUCGUGGUCAAUGCUGAGAAAGGGUACAUGUACUUCACCACGGUUCAGGAGCGCUCAGCGAAGAUCGAGGGAGCGAGUCUGGACGGGACGGAGAGAGAGUCUCUGUUCACCACUGGCCUCAUCAGACCCGUCGCUCUUGCUCUGGACAACAAGCUGGGAAAACUGUUCUGGGUCGACGCCGACCUCAAACGCAUCGAGAGCAGUGACCUCACAGGAGCCAAUCGCAUCGUCCUCCAGGACUCCAACAUCCUGCAGCCAAUGGGUCUGACCAUACUGGGAGAUCACCUGUACUGGAUCGACCGGCAGCAGCAGAUGAUCGAGAGGGUGGACAAACAUACCGGAGACGGACGCACACGCAUACAGGGACGGAUCUCAUACCUGACCUCCAUCCACGCCGUGGAGGAGAUGGAUCCUCAGGAGUUUGCAUCACACCCUUGUUCCCGUGACAACGGAGGAUGCUCUCACAUCUGCAUCGCCAAAGGAGACGGCACACCUCGAUGCUCCUGUCCCAUGCACCUGGUGUUACUGCAGGACCUGCUGCAUUGUGGAGAGCCUCCCACCUGCUCCACUGAGCAGUUCACCUGCUCCACAGGUGAGAUCGACUGCAUCCCCAUGGCAUGGCGCUGUGACGGUUUUCCUGAAUGUGACGACAGCAGCGACGAGGAGAACUGUCCCGUCUGCUCUGCAUUCCAGUUUCAGUGUGAUAAAGGCGGCUGCAUAGAUGCUCAGCGCCGCUGCAACGGAGAACCUGACUGUGCCGACCACUCGGACGAGCAGGACUGUGAGACCAUCUGUCCUCCAAACCAGUUCCGCUGUGGAGACAAUCAGUGCAUCACCAAGAAACAACAGUGUGACAACUACUCCGAUUGCCCUGAUGGAUCCGAUGAACUCGCCUGUGAGUUUGUGUCUCCUCCGUCCAGCGGCAUCCCGAACACCGGUCCAAACACCAUCGGCCCGGUCAUUGCCAUCAUCCUGCUCGUGUUUGUGAUUGGUGGAGCUUAUUUCGUCUGCCAGCGUGUGGUGUGUCGACGCUACAAAGGACCCAGCGGGACUUUCCCUCACGAGUACAUCAGCGGCACGCCUCACGUGCCCCUCAACUUCAUUGCCCCGAGCAGCUCACAGCACGGCACCUUCCAAGGUAUUUCCUGUGGUAAGUCCAUGAUGAGCUCGGUCAGCCUGAUGGGGAGCAGUAGCAGCGGAGCUCCUCUCUACGACCGGAACCAUGUGACCGGAGCCUCGUCCAGCAGCUCCUCGUCUACCAAAGGAGCCUUCUACCCUCAGAUCUUGAACCCUCCUCCGUCCCCGGCCACAGACCGCUCCCUCUACAACACUGAGAUCUUCUACUCCUCCAACAGUCCCUCCACCACCAGAUCUUACAGACCGUACCAUCCCGUCAGAGGUGCUGCCCCGCCCACAACGCCCUGCAGCACCGAUGUCUGUGACAGCGACUACACCCCCCACCACCCGCCAGCCGGGCUGGCGUCAUCAGCGGGUCGCUGGAAGGCCGUGGGCCAUGGCAGCCACGGCAAGCAUAACAAGUACUACAUGGACCUGAACUCAGACUCAGACCCUUAUCCUCCGCCCCCAACCCCCCGCUCACAGUACCUUUCAGCCGAGGAGAGUUGCCCCCCCUCCCCCUCCACUGAGCGCUCAUACUUCCACCUGUGCCCACCUCCACCCUCACCCUGCACCGACUCCUCAUGACCCCCCAACAGCCCCCGAGUCCUGUGAGGAGGACAGGGAGAGGGGGUCAGGGAAAGACCUCGUGCCAACUUCCAGCCUCACACCUGCUGCUCUCUGUCUGCUGGUUCAGCUCCAGUGCCUUGCUCAAGGUCCCACACCUGUUGUCGUAUCAUUCCAGUCGUCCUGCUGCUCUCAGGGUGACCUUCAUCAGAUCAGUCUGUCCUCCAGGUGUUCAUUCACUCACCCACAGACAGGAGCGAACAGGUAAUCACAGCCAGCAGCUCCCUUUGUACCUUUCAUUCCAUCGACAGAAGAAAAACCUCCUCUGCUGGGCCACGAAUCUGUCCAAAUAUGAGCCUGACUCCUCACCUUGUGCUGCUCUGACCCCUGAACUCCUCAACAUGUGCAUGAACUCAGACUGAGAGGUGUGUGUUGCUGUGUGGACAUUUCAGUGUCACACGUUUGUCUCAUCCUUCCUCACGGCGUCCUUGUUUGUAGGACUGUACAUAGUGUUAAAAUAAUAUGAACAGAAAGAAAUCAGAGAGGAAUUAUUUUACUAUAUUAUUCAUGCUGGCUGAUCCACCGCUCCUCAGAAACAAAGGCCAGAUGGACGAGUGAACGCGUGAACGGAGGAGUGAUGGACGAGUGGACAGCCGUGAAUGUUUCACUUGAUGUAGGACGUUAGAUAAAUUCACAGACGAUGACUGAAUGAAUGUGUAGAAUUGUAAAUGAAUGAAUGAAUGAAUUUAAUGGAUGGAUGAGUGGGUGGGUGGAAAAGGGCCAAGGUCAAAGCAGGGCUGGGCAAAAAAAUAUGAUCACAAUAUUUUUUUCUAUAUUGAUCAUUAUUGAUAUUUAUCACAAUGUUUGAUUUGAUCAUGCUGCCAGUUUGAAGAUUGUCCUGUUAACAAUGGAAGCCUGAAGAAACCACUUUACUUUAGAGUUUAGUUUAGAGCGGGUGCAUAAGAUUUAUCACACUUUGUGACGGCUGAAUUAUUCUUUUCUUCAAUGAUCAAAGAAGAAAAGGAAUGACUGAAGCAGUUUCAUAUUACAAAGGAAGGGGACUCUGAGCUGAGCUGCUACUCAGCUCCUGUUAGCUCAGUUGUAUUGUUGUUUAGUUUCUUUUAUCAUUAGCCGAAGUAUCCACAGGGCUGUCCUCCUGUUCAAAACAAACAAACCCUCUGAUAGAAUCCAACAGAAACUCUGAUGAAGCAGUUUUAUGUUUUAAUUCAGUGUUUUUCAAAUGAUUGUUGGUGCAGGGGCUGCCAGCUGAGUUAAAGCUAAAGAUGUCAGCUCUGUUAUUAGAUUAAGUGUCUGAAACUUUUACCAUCAGCUCAAUUAUCCACAGGGCUCGCCUCCUAAAAGACCCAGUUAUAAAAUCCAAACAAAAUUAAUGAAUUUAGCAUUUUUUAGGAUCUACGGCCUGGCUCUAUGGGCUGCCAGCUGAGCUGCAGCUAAUGAUGUCAGCUCAACUGUAAGGUUAAAAAGGAAACUUUUACAGCUACUAUAAGCCGAAUUAUUGCAGAAAUAUCCUCCUCUCCAGAAUGAAAAUGCCUGCAGACUAAAUCCAGUAAAAGCUGUAAUAAAGCAAUUUCAUGUUUAAAUUCUGUGUUUUUUCAAGGAUAUUUGGUGUGGCUGCAGAGGCUGCAGGCUGAGCUGCAGCUAACUCUAGCUCAGUUUGUUUUCUCUGAUAACUGCAGACCUCAGAAAGAGUGAAAUACAGUCAAAGGAUAAAGAUUAAAUCCAAACAUUUAACAGACCUUAAUGAUAAAAAAAAAAAAAACAGCCAUUGGAUGCAACUGCAUAUUGAUUGG